AUCGGCUGGUCUAUUUAAUCAAGCUCGAACCUUCCAAUUUUUUUGUUUAUCAAAACGAAAUAGCUCGUUCCAUGCGAAUGCGUGUGUUCAUUAAUUAUAUCCUCCGAAUAGUGAAAUAUUGAUCGUGGCUAAGAGUGUUCGUUAUCUCAAGAAAUUUUUAACUCUACAGUCGCGAUGUGUGUUGUACGGGAGGUUGCUGAUUUGAGGGCAUUCGUAAAAUUUCGCUAAUAUGGCAGAUAUUUUCGUGACUGGUGUUGUUUGAGUUUGUGGUGUUGCUUGGUAAAUUUGUGUAUUUACCCUUUCAAGACUAAAGAUCGUGAUACAUUUAGUGAGAGAAAGGACUUGGUACUGAAAGAAAAAGCAACGAUUUGAUGUUGAUGAAGCAAGAAUGUUCGGUAUAAAUCGUGAUCCAAACGCAAGUGCGCGGGUGUAUGUGUGCUAACGAAGCGAGAAGCGAGUGCUUUAGACACUGGGGACUUUUAUACUGUGAUAUAUACGCGGGAGAACUUUCCUCGGUAGGACUUUCCAGCCACCGAGAAUCAUAUAUCAUUUCGGAUUAUCUAAAAACCACGCUUGUUCUUACAUUUUGAUCUUUCUCUCAUACACAUACCCAAACGUAUAACGCACAUAGCCACACAUACACACACACACACGCACACACACACACACGCACUCUGUGUAUAUUGCGAAUCAAACAACCGACUAUUCGGCGUGUCUCUCUGUGUGUGCGCGCGUAUUGGUGAAUACGUGCGUGAGUGUUAUUUUUUCAUUUUCUGUUCUCUCUUUUCUUUACAUUUUUUGUUUCGUUACUAUCAAAUGCAAAACAGUUUGUUUAUUAUGAAUCCAAUUGAAUUGGGGGCUCUGUGACUCGCAGCUGUGACCGAUAAUUAUAGGUAAUUAUGUGUAAUUCAUAGAGUAGCCACCGGGCUAUGGCAAACCUGAACUUUGAGCAGCCGCCACGCAGUAUAGCGACAGGAAGUCUAUCGUCGCGAGGAGGAGGCGGUGCAGGGGGUGUUUUAAGCUCGUCGACCCUAACGGGUCAUGUCACGCCAACGUCUGGCAUGUUCUCAGGCUCGUCGUCGAGCGUCGCAAAUACUCCACACUCAACAAUCGUCGGAGCUAGUGUUUAUCCAAGUUCUACGGGUACAGGAACAGGACAAACUACCGGCCAUCAGCCACAACAGCAGCAGCUUUCGCCUAUGGGAAGUAGGGGACUGUUUGGACAGAGAGGUUUCGCUGAUAGACGUACCAUGCCUGCUCUUGGGAACUCUAAUCCAAUGGGUAGUAUGGGCAGUUUCGGAAUACCUCCAAGUCGCAGUUACGGAUCUCAAGGUGCGAUCAACAAUUUUCAUUCUGUAUUUGGGAGCGGGGGAGGAGGUGAUACGAGUACUCCGCCACUAUUGGAUUUAUCGGAAUUUCCUUCUCUAACGAAUCGUGGUCAGGGUGAUUCAAUGCCUCAGCCAAGUCCAAUGCCAGGAAAGCAAGCUUACGUUGGUAUGGUAAAACAGCCCACUACGGAAGCGAGCGAAUUUACGAUGAGUUCGGAAGACUUUCCCGCGUUACCGGGUACGCAGAGCAGAGAAGGACCAUCACCCGGAGGCAGCGUUUCCGGGGAUAAAGGUCUCUCCGUUGGUUUGGGUCCUGAUAUUGGUCAGGACGCGUUACAGUCCAAUAGAGGACCCGGCUCGGAUAAGUCUCAAGCAUCGAAAAGAGGAAUACAAACGUCACCUGAUGGUAAAGUAACGCAUAUACCAGCGAGUAUGGUUAAAGAUCAGUUCGGAAUGGUAGGACUUUUAACAUUCAUAAGAGCGGCGGAAACGGACCCAAACUUAACUUCGCUCGCGCUCGGCCAAGAUCUCACUGCGCUAGGGCUCAAUCUCAAUUCACCUGAGAACCUUUACCAAAAUUUUGGUGGCCCAUGGGCGGAAACGCCGUGUCGACCACAGGACAUCGACUUCCACGUACCACCAGAAUACCUUAUCAAUGCGUCAAUAAGGGAUAAAUUGGCGCCUGUGAAAUUGAAUCGGUACAAGGACGAUCUCUUGUUUUAUAUGUUUUAUACGAACGUGGGAGAUGUAUUACAAUUGGCAGCGGCGGCGGAGUUGUAUAGCAGAGAAUGGCGAUAUCACAUGGAGGAGAAAGUUUGGAUAACGCAAGCGCCCGGACUUGGUCUCGUUGAAAAAACUUCGACGUAUGAGCGUGGUACUUAUUACUACUUUGAUGCCCAAAACUGGAGAAAGGUUCCCAAGGAAUUCCAUUUGGACUAUACGAAACUGGAGAGUAGACCGCAUCUUCCUACGACCUUUCAUCCAACUCAGCCUUGACUACAGAUAAGCCUGCAGAUUCUUGUGCUGUCUCUGAGCUGGAAAAACCGAUCCAGCUAUUGUAUAAAUGAACAAAUUUAAUAAUCUUUAAUAAAAACAAAAUUUGAAGAGUAAUAAAUAAAAUUCCUUGCUAAGCAUA